AUGAAUAAUAGACCACCGCCAGCCUUCGUUGGCUCACCACCAAGUCCUCGAAGUCCGUCGCUGUGCUUUCCAUCGCCCAAGCAGCAGAAGUCGGCGGAAAAGUCCGGCCUCUGCGGCAGAUCUUCCAAGAGGCGAUCGCCAAUGUUGGCAGCUAUUGGUGCUUUAAUUCUCGUAUUGGCGUACACAACAUUUGGCUCAGUUUUAUUUGUAACACUGGAAACAUACGAUUCUGGGAAUGCAGAAGAAACAUCUGUUGCAGCAUCAAAACCAUAUCCAAGAACUGAUUUGGUGAAUUCAGAAAUUCGCUCCAGAACGGUGGAUCGACUUUGGUCGAUAACGGAGGACUUGAACAUUCUGUAUAAAGAAAAUUGGACACGACUUGCUGCUCAAGAAGUUCAGCAUUUUCAGGACACGCUGCUGAGAGCCGUGCAGUCCUCGAAGCUGCAGCAGCCAGGAUUGCAGCCGGUGAUCAAGGCGUACCGAUGGGAUUACGCCUCGGGCUUCUUAUAUUCCCUGGCCUUAAUCACCACAGUCGGAUACGGCGGAGUCUCACCACGUAGUCAAUGGGGCCGGAUAGCUGCCUUAAUUUACGCCCUGUUCGGCAUCCCUCUAAUGCUGCUGUAUCUCUCCGCCAUGGGUGAGGGUCUGUCGAGUGUGAUGCGAUGUAUCUUCCGUCGAUUUCGCUCCCCAUCCACGUCGACGAGCAGCUCGGGCACAAACAGCGCCAGCAGCAGCACGAGCGGCGCCAGCGGCAAGGGGCUGCCGUGCCUGGAUGGGGAGAAGCGGCCGCACACAUUCCAGAAUGGCAACACCUUCAAGAGCCACAAUCCGCAGCACAGCGCCGCUCAGCCAUCACCAACAGUGCCAAUAUCGGUGUGCAUCAUGAUUCUCAUCUGCUACAUCAGCCUGGGCGCGGUGCUCUUCCACAAGAUCCAGCAGUGGGGCGUCCUGGAGAGCCUCUACUUCUGCUUCGCCUCGCUCAGCACCAUCGGCUUCGGCGACCUGUCGCCGCAGAGCCACCUGGCGCAGUACAUCGCCUCGGGGUACAUCCUCGUGGGCAUGGCCGUGGUGGCCAUGUGCUUCAGCCUCAUCCAGAGCGAGCUGAUCGCGUGGCUGCGCAAGUUCGGCGUGCAGGAUCAGGUGCCGUCGCCCAUGAACGAGGAGGUGGCGCUCGUCACCGUGGCCAUGACGCCCAAGUCCUGACAGCGGCAGCACGAUCUGCUGGCCAACAGCUACAGCUCCCUCCCGCGGCGCGCCAGCAACUCCUUCCAGCGCAACACGCCCGCGCGGCGCUCCACGGGCGUGAUGGAGAAUCACAUGGAGUACUUCGUGCCGCGCAGCAUCAGCGAGUUCAACCUGUCCGGCGUGGGCGAUCUGGCGCUGCCGCCGCCCAAGAGGUCGCCCGUGACGCACUUGCAGCCCGUCAACACGCUCCUGCCGCCGCCGCCGGCCAGCAUGCUGGUGAAGCCGCGCGAGAAGAUGGUGACGUUCGAGGACGAGUCCAAGUGUCCGCACGGCGUGCCCACGACCCCGCGCAAGGGCCCCAUCAUGGGCGACGUGUUCAUGUGA